AUGCGGAGCGACGUAGAUGCCGGUUCAUUGCCGGUUGAUCGCAACAGCGUGUCACGUGCUACUAUCCAGUCGACGACAUUCAGCCUACCUUUUCCCUUAUUUCGCGGCCCCGACGACGACAGCGUUCAAGCAUUGUCUACUAGUCCUUCAAGAUGGUUAGCAAUCUUGCGCGCUUCAAAGACCCAAUCACUCACUAUCGAACCUUUCGUUCCACAGGCUGACGCACCCAUAACCCUCCGCACUCGCAAGUUCAUCACCAACCGCCUCCUUGCCCGUCGUCAAUUCGUCAUCGAGGUCUUGCACCCCUCUCGUGCGAAUGUCUCCAAGGCCGAGCUUUCUGAGAAGCUUGCUGCCGUGUACAAGACCCAGAAGGAUCGUGUCGUGACCUUCGGCUUCAGGACACAAUUCGGUGGUGGAAGGAGCACGGGUUUCGCCCUCAUCUACGAUGACGAGGAAUCGCAGAAAAAGUUCGAGCCGAAGUACCGGCUGGUUCGCUCAGGCUUGCAGGCUAAGGUCGACAAGCCCUCCCGUAAACUACGAAAGGAGCGCAAGAACCGUGCGAAGAAGUUCCGUGGUACCAAAAAGUCCAAGGCUGCCGAUGCACCGAAGAAGAAGUAGUCGGUUCAUCGUGGUAUUGGUUCUCUUGUGCGGGCGUUGAUGAUGACAACCGAAAACUAGGGCCAUGUAUGCUAUCUUACAAUCCAUGCUCUAUGCCCUUUCUUUUCUCCUUUUGAUGCUUCAAUUUG